AUGGCGCGGAAUAUAGCGGAUGAGUUGAACCAGCUGCCGAAAACGGAGGUGAUACGCAUCCUGGGCUUCGACUUGCCCGCGAAGGACGUGAAACCUGGAUGUGAUGUCCUCAUCGAGUGCCGAGUAUCCGUCGGACUUUCGGGAUUCAAGCUCGAAGGCUACCUGCACUGGGACCGCCAUGAAAAAAAGACGACCUCACGCUCCUCACGGUGGCGCUUUAUCCGCCUCUCCGACAGGUGCUGCUGGACUUCGCAUAGGGGUGCCAACAGCUUGCAGAGCAGUGGGGGCUUGUCCGAUGAUGAACUCAAGGUGUUCAACAGCGUGCGCGACAAGGUCAAGAAAGCUCUCCUCCAGCGGAGGGAGGAGUUAGAGGACGCUGAUACACUGAUCGAUAAGGAAGCAGAAAGCAGGUGGCAGGACUGGAUCUCCCAACUGGAUAAGAGAAAAUCCAGAGCAUUGAUACAGAUGCGUGAGCAGAUCGAGGAGGAGCGGAUGAAUCGUGCUCCUUGUGCCGCAGAAUGGGAGCCAGGAAAGCGUUUCAGGCGUGACCAACCGCCCAGAGAAGUCCCUGCCAAGCGCGGCUGCAAUCAAUUCCAGGCCUACCUCAGCAACCUGGCCAGGGGCAGCGUGCCUAAGAGGCGGCGCUUGACUGCAGAAACAGCCCGGGAGGAUAGCGACACCGAGGUUGAGACUUCCCAAAAUACGGCCGACAGGCCUCCUGCGGUAUCAUUGCUCUUACGUGACAAGGCUGUGGCAGCCGCCGAGGUUGAGAAGGCAGGGACGCUGUGGCAGACUCUAACCCAAAUGGAUAUGGGCAGCACCGACAUCAGCUUCACUGCAGAGCAGCUGAUACAACUGUGGAGGGUGGCCACAGCCAAGGUCGCACUGGAAGAUCAGGACAGCCAAUUAGUCCACCAUUGCAUCCUCCUGGCCGAGCUGCAGCUGAGCCAUGGUCGAGCAAAUUUGUCCUGGAUCCAUCUGAUCUCCGUGCUGCAGGCGGUCAACCCCUUGAAUAACUCACACGCGACAGACUACCUGACUGUUUUUGCACGCUGGCUGGUUCGGGUGGCAAUCCCCCGCGUCUUCGGCAAGAACGAGGGCACGUUGCUGGACCUCCAGCCGCUCGUCGAGGAUGUGGGCUCUGGCAUAGCUGUCGCUGGAGGUUUUGGCUGCUUCGCCGCUAAGCGCUACGGGAUCAAAGCCGCAUCUCAGAUCCCUAGCUUCUUCAAGCCAGAGGAGCAGCUGCGCGCUCCCGUGGUCGCCAUGCUCCUGGGCGCCACGCUUGUUGAGCAGGGCCCCGAUGUGCUGAAGGAAGUGCGAGUCCUGCUACAGCCAGGCGCUGCUCCGCUGGUCAUGCAGUUUGACAUCCGGGCGCUUUUGAGCCUUGAAGAUGAGAUUGACGAGGUGCCCUUGCUACCUGAAGAUAUCCGCUCGAAUCGCGAGGAGUGCUUGAGCUUCAUGAAUGCGUGGCAGCAUCUUCUUCGCAAGAGGGGGAGCCAGCAGGCUUUGACCAGGCCGUUCGUACCCGUGGAGAUGCUGAAGCCGCUUCGCGGUGACCAAGCUCUGCCUCCUGUCCUGACGUGCUACCGUUUAGAAGCCGGUGUGCAGCCCUAUGUGGAAGCAGUGGAGUCCGGCAUGGUCCACAUGCAUAAAGAACUGCAAAAACAGCGCAACACGGAGCAGUUCUCUGCGAGCCAAGAUCAAUUGCUUCAAGCAGUGGUGGCGAGCUGCGCGGCGUUGGUCUUUGUUCACGGGACGGAUGAGCAGAAACGCCAAGCUGCACGUGUCUUCAAGGUUGCAGCCAGGAUUCCAACUGCCGGGCAAUGGCCGCAGGUUCCAGAAAAAGCCGAGCCCAAGUUCGGCACCUUCCAGCGUGACAAUUUCAGCGAGCUGUCUGGUCAACCGUUUUCGAAGUUGCUCAACGAACCACAGCUACGUGACAAAGCAAAGUGGAUGAUCCUGGCUCGUGCCACAUCGAGACCCAACACCGAGGUCGCCAGGUUCGCUCGGUGGGCCCUUCGUUCUGCAUUCAGCGGCCAGUCAGCUUCGCUGCUGCGACUGGAGACAGCGCCUACAUCCAGCAAGCCUCUGCGGAAUGGGACGACAGUUGCAGAGGAGCUACGGCGCAUGUUCGUUCACGCGGACACCAUUUGCAAGGACCUGUUGCAGCCCUUGCUGCAGCUAUUGACGUUGCAAAAGACCCCUGUCUGGCUCAGAGCCUUGUCAAUUUUUGCAGCACUGCAGACUGGCUUGUUGGGCCUAGUGACAGACACAGUUGAAGCGUCCAGCACACUGCUUCAGACCUUGAGCUCCACAAUGACACUUCAGCAUUCGCUGAACCAGGGUCUGAUGUUGGCGGCAGAGGUUUCGGACAUGCGCUUGCGCAACUGGAUCUUUGCCUGCUUCGCGAGAGAUUUGCAUAUCCUGUUGCUUCUUGCUGCAGCCAAGUACCUUUUUCUCUGCCUGUCUUUGAGCCAGAAUCUGCAGCCAUUUCAAUGUACAAGUUCCUCCCUCAGGAUGUGGAUGGAUGUCAGCAGGGUGGUGCAAGAAGCUGCCGCUGCUGUUCCCCAGCUGCCAUAUCAGCAAGAUGGGGGAUUGAGCCAAGCUGACGUUGUUAUCGGAUUUUUGGAUUUUGCCCGACUGGUCAUCAUAACGUAA